ACGGCAGCUUUUUUAUCUUUAACAGACGGCUUGGGGAAGACAGGCGUGAGACGGUCUUGAUCUCGCUGGCUGAGAGUAAGACCGCAACUUUCAAGAAACAUUCUGUCUGCAGUUUCUGAAUCCGGGCCGGAAAUAAGCCUGGACCUGGCUCAUUGGAGCUCCUGCAGAAAAGUAUCAUCUGAAGAAUCAUACGUUCCCCCAAGAGACUGAGAGGAGUGUUUUCCUCGCCUCGGCCCUGAGAGAAGGCGCUCGUCCAUUCGGCCCAUACGGUUCACUGCCAGACAAAGUCCCCUCUAAUAAUGAGCGACAGACGUUACAGAAACAUUCGCUCUCUGAAGUAUGGCUCCAUCUUCCUCUUCUUGGGUCUGACUGUCUUAGCCUUCAUCUUAUACACCAACAACCUCGCUGAUCUGGGGGCCAUUAAAGUGGAACCACUUCAGAUUAAAGUCAAUAUCACGGUCCCUCCGAAGCGUCCCACAACGCGCCCCAAGCCGACCACCGUCUGCUCCUUUCAGUCACUGUCCCCACAGGAGCUUUCGGUCUUAAACUCUAUAAAAGAUGCUAUUGUUUGGCCCAAAACAACAUCUCUGCCAUCAAAAUUGUCCCUGAAUAAGAGCAGUGAUCCAGCCCACAGCACCUUCAUCAUUCUCCCACAUGACGAUGGAGAAAGUUGGCAAGUAGGGGAUCAGCUGGAGGUUUUGAUAAAAAUCUCUGACUUCCAUGGUCGGCCCAAGUCGUCUGGUGGAGACUUCCUGCUCGCUCGGCUGCACAACCCAACUGUUCGUGCGGGUGUGGCGGGGCGAGUGUUGGACCACUGCAACGGUUCCUACACGGCUGUAUUCCCUUUACUCUGGGAAGGAAGCGCACAGGUUGAGGUGACACUGGUUCACUCCAGUGAGGCAGUGACAGUGCUACAGAAACUGACCCAGGAGCAGCCUGACAGGAUAUUUUUCCACAGCCUGUUCCGCUCAGGCUCGGUCACAGAAACCACCACUUGUAACGUAUGCCUUCAGGCACCGCUGGAGAAGUUAUGCAACUACACUGACCUCCACACAGGGGAGCCCUGGUUCUGCUACAAGCCAAAGAAGCUGAACUGUGGCACCAGGAUCACCCACGCCAAAGGAGGCUUCAGGCAAAACCUGAGGCGCAUGGAGGAGAAGCUCUUUAACAGUGGCGUUAACAUGAAGGUGUACAUUCCGGCAUCCGGACCUGCCAACAUUACCGUUUCAACAAAACCGAAAGAUAGUCCAGAGAAAGUUGGAAAUGUUCUGAGGACCAAACCCUCUGGUUACUACUACAACGGUGUCUGGCGAUCACUUGACGGAACCACAAUCCGUCAGUUUGACACCGCCACCAAAAUGAGCCGCUGUCUGAAAGGCAAGGUGCUCCACCUGUAUGGAGACUCCACCAUCAGACAGUGGUUUGAAUAUUUAACUGAAACUUUACCAGGUCUAAAGACGUUUGACCUGAAAACUCCAAAGCAAAAUGGGCCUUUCCUGGCUUUGGAUUAUCCAAACAACAUUUUAGUGUCUUUUCGGUGCCACGGCCCUCCCAUCCGUUUCAGCUCUGUGCCUGCCAAUCAGCUACGAUACAUUGCCAACGAACUGGAUGCUCUGCCCGGAGGGACCAACACUGUCAUAGUAAUCGGCAUCUGGUCGCAUUUCAGCACUUUCCCCGUUGAGGUCUACAUCCGGCGCCUGCUGACCAUACGGAGGGCAGUGGAGCGGCUGUUGACCAGAGCUCCAGGUACGCUGGUCAUCAUCAGGACCGCGAACCCCAAAGCGCUGUCCCUCUACGAGACUCUGACCAACAGUGACUGGUAUUCCUUACAGCAUGAUAAGGUCCUGAGGGCAAUAUUCAAAAAAGUGAAAGUCCGACUGGUUGAUGCCUGGGAGAUGACCUUGGCCCACCAUCUGCCACACAACCUUCACCCACAGCCUCCUAUCAUCCAGAACAUGAUAGAUGUUGUUUUGUCCCACGUCUGCCCCCAGCAGUGAAUUUUAAAGAGGCAUCAAAGGAGUAGAAUAAUGUCAGUACUAUUGUUAUUGGGCAUUAUUCACUCUACAAAAUGACUUUUUAUACAACCAAGGUGGUGUGCUAACUGACGUAAGACGUUGUUUCUUAUACAAUAAACGUAACAGUCUCAA